AUGAGCGGCUUCUCCGUCAUCGAACUUGUCCGGAGUCGCUACCUGGAGAGCAUCAGGAGCGUCAAGCCAGCGAACAGGUGGAAGAUUGUCGUGCUCGACAAUCAUGUCACGGCUCAUCUCAACACUGUCCUCAAGACAUACGACGUACUCGAGGAGAAUGUCCAACAGAUUGAGAACAUCAACGAUACUGCUCGGUCAAAGUCACCUUCGCUCGAAGCGCUCUAUAUCCUUGCGCCAACACGAGAUAAUGUCGAACUUGUCCUACGCGACUUUGCUCCUGUCAGACCAGCAAUGCCAUCUGUUCCAAGCUCGAGAAGCAAGGGCAAACAAGUACCGCCUCCUCAGCCUACUGGGCAAGAUACCGUGCCGCGCUACAGAGCAGUCCAUCUGUUCUUCAUCGAAACUCUCGAUGAUGCACUGCUGGCCAAGCUCGAUGCCGGCCUGCCUCAGUCGUACUUGCUCAAUGUGCAAGAGAUCUACAUCAACUUUUGGCCUGUCGAAGCGCAGAUCUUUACCACGUCUAGGCGGAACCGAGAUUCAUUGAGGAUACUUUACGCACCGCCCGGCCCGGGUAGACAGGGACAAGACGAGGCUGCAGCAGUAUGGAAUAACGAGCUCGAGCGUACAUGUAGGGGCAUCGUCAACUGUCUGACGACACUAGGCGAGUAUCCUGAGAUACGGUACUUCGAUCCGCCGAGCUCCUAUCUCGCUCAACCUAUCGGCGCAGCUGCCGUCGUGGGCGAGCCUGUCUCCAAGAGGCUAGCGAUGAAAGUACAAAAAGCAAUGGACGCCUAUUGUCGAGAUAAUGCCGACUUUCCGCCCGCACCCGAUCCGCCAAGACCGCGAGGGAUACUGUUUGUGACCGAUCGAAGUAUGGAUCUAGCCAGUCCCUUCUUACACGAAUUCACUUACCAAGCCAUGUGCAACGACUUGCUCAAGAUCGAGGAUGGCACCCACUACGUACAUACUUUCACCAAUGCUCAAGGACAACGAGAAGAUAAAGCGACUGUGCUGUCAGACGAGGACAAGAUCUGGACAGACGUUCGACAUAUGCACAUGAAGGAUGCCCUCGAUAAACUCAUCGCUGCCUUUAAGCAGUAUCAAGGGCAGCAGAGUGGACUGUAUGGCGAGACGCAGACGAGCUUGAACGAUCUGCGUGAUAUGCUCGCGAGUCUACCGGGCAUGAAAGACGCCAAGGAGAAGCUCUCGCUCCAUCUGGACAUGGCAGAAAAGUGUAUGGGAUUAUUCGAGCAGAAGAAGCUGCCCCUCACAGCGUCGGUGGAGCAGUGCUGUGCAACUGGUAUGACGCCCGAUGGCAAGACACCAAAGACGCUUGUUGAGGAGAUGGUCCCAUUACUCGACGAUCGUUCGGUGAGCAAUCUCGACAAAGUGCGCAUCAUCGCACUCUACAUUCUCCAUCGAGAUGGCGUGCCGGAAGAAGACCGCAAGCGUCUCUACCAACAUGCUCGACUGGCUCUGCACGAGAUGGACUCUGUUGACAACUUGCGCCAUCUCGGGCAAGAAGUGUCCAAGGACACGAGCAAACGGAAGAAGCCGCUGUUCAAACAGACCAGUCCGGAAGACGCCUAUGACAUCUCACGCUACCAACCAGCAGUCAGAUACAUGCUCGAAGAGCAUUUUGCCAACCGACUUGACCGGACAACCUUUCCGUACACACAAAAUCCGCCCACAACGACGACGCAAGGCGCAAAAGACGUGCGACCGGGUGCAGUAGCUGCACCUGCCUCCCUUCGGAGCACUCGGCCGCGGUGGACAGAUCGAAAGGGCAAGCCUGCUAAUGCACCUCGACAACGCGCCAUCGUCUUUGUUGCAGGCGGUGCGACCUACGCAGAAGUCAGGACGGUCUACCAAUUAUCCCAAUUGCUUAGCAAAGACAUACUGCUUGGAUCAUCUCAUAUCUCUACGCCUGAAGCUUUCGUGACCGAGAUGCGCAAGAUCGACUCGUUUCCGUACCCGCAAAGGCCGGAGCAAGAGAUGCGACCUCAAAUCCCUGCGCCUUCGCCGAAGCGACCGCCACAGGAUCCUAGGCGAAUGGAGAGACCGCCCGAGCCAAUGGCAUCAAAUGGCUACUCUGCGCCUGCUCCCCGCCAAGCGCCUGCACCUCCGCAGAUGAGGCAGCCUAGCUCUGCUGCUCAACAGCCCCCCAAUGGGUUCUAUGACAGCUCACGCUCAUCCGUUCUGAGCUUACAGAGCGGUGCUUCUGGACAGUCGACCGGUCGGAUAGGAGAGAGCAAAGAUGACAAGAAAGCUCGCAAGGAGCUCGACAAGCUCGCGAAAGCUGCUACCAACGGGCGAGCGAGACCGAGGCGAAGCAGCGGUCGAUCUGCUAGCCUCAAGCAAGGCUCGGCAGGCUUGCUCUCGCCAAAAGAGACGACUGAAGCGGUACGGCUGCGUUCGCUUUAUCGAUCUGCCGCCCAAGCGUUCGUCCUCAAGGAUCAUGCAGUCACGCUAGAUGCACUCACAGAGGCCUAUGUCAUCCUCGAUGACGCAUCUGCAUCACCAGUCGGCUCACAGGACUGGACUGCAGCUCAUCGACGCAAGUUUGAGAUAUUACGGAUCACCUUUCUGGCGACGUUGCUGGCCGACGUGCUCAACUCAGAUGCAUCACUACCGGGAUCUGUGUCAGCCCAUGCUUGGAUCAAGCCAUUGUAUGCUCUCGUGACUGCCAAAGGCAAGACAGCGGUGCGGACGACACCAGACAAGAACGAGCAAGCCGACAAGAUCGUCUAUGCGCUCUACAGUCAUGCUCUGGCUACUUUCUCGCCUUCGCACACGCGUGACACACUCGACACUUCGAUGCCUAUCGCUACCGCGGACGUCGGCGCAGUACCGCCCUCCGUCAUCGUUGCAACCUCUUUGGGCGCUCUCAAGCUGAACGCGCCUUUAGCUGCUCGCAACAUUAUAGAAGCCUGGCUGGGCAGCCUCACGCCAGCCUUGGAAGCUCAGCUGGAGCGUACGAAUCUUCAGGUCGAGGCAGAUCAUGAAUCACUCCAGACUUCCGUCCUAUCGCCCUCCUCCUCAAUGACGCUGCCCGCGUCUGCGAGCCAGUCGAGCUUGUCUGCUUCAAUAAGCAUCGAUGAGGAUGCUAGAGCAUCGCUUGUCUCUUUCGAGAGGAUUCUCGAGGUCUUCAGCUUGGCUGUCCUGCCUCGUUUGAAUCAAUGGGACGAAGCCGAGGAAUUUGUCCGGCUGGCUGCCCGCGCCAACGGUGGCUUACUCAGACAAGCCAAGGUCGAUACCCUUCUCGACGAGCUACAAAGUCUGAGAUCCAACAAAGCUGCAGAAUGGGAAGAUCAGCGAAGGCGCGAGCUGCAGCUUGCUGAAGAAGCUAGGCAAAGGCGGAGAGACGAAGAGCAAGCAGCUGAGAAGCAGCGAGCAGCAGCAGCACGUAAGACGGAGAAGCAGGCGCGGAAGAACGACAAGCGUGCCGAGUCUAGCUCGCAGAGCGACCCAUCUAAGCCGAGCGAGCCUCCACUCGAGGAGGAAGGUCAGCCUGUCGCUACGGGCUUCACAUCGAUGCGCAAUCGUCUCUCAGGCUUUAUGCGGCAAUCCAAUCAACAAGAAGCGGCCGUGCAGACAGGCACAUUGCGAUACUUCCUUCAGCAUUACCUCGGCGCCUUUGCAAUGAAUGAUCCGCUUCGGAUUCUCUCGGCAACGCUGUUCCUCUUCUCCGUUGCAGCCUGGCUCAGGCGACGAAUGACACCAGGCUUUGCGUCGCGUCAAUCAUCUUCGCUAGCGGCAAGUCGUGCACGCAACAUGUUGACAGAUACGCGCCAGAGCAGCAUUUUCGCUGUCGCAGCUCGCAAACUCAUAGACACAGUCAAAAUGGGCACAUCUGUAUCCACUUUAUGA